CAAAGAGUAAACUUCACACAUAGGUACUCUUUGAACAUGAUUUUCUUAAAACUGGCUAGAUGUCCUUGGUCCAAAACCUAUCAAAUCUCAUAAAAAUGUAUUUUACUUUGACAUAUAGAUUCAGAAUGUAAUAUAGCUCUAAUAUAAGAAAUUCAAAAUUUUUGUUAUAAUUUUAAAUUAGCUGUGAUAAAAUAAUCAAUAAACAUGCCUAAAUCAGACAAGAGUAAAGCUAUUGAAUUUAGCAAAUAUUUCUUAGCAAAAAAGACAUUUUACGGACCAACAAAGAAAGAACCGGUAUGGGUAUAUUUAGAGAGAGAAAUGCAAGCGAAUAUAGACAAAAAACCUUACAAUAAGAAAGUGGGCGACUGGCUCAAGUUCAUGCGAGAUUUAAGGCGCUAUUUUUAUCUUGAAAGCAAAAAGCAAGAGAGAAUACUGAAAAAGGAAAUUGGCCCAAUUUGGUACGUGGAAAUGUCAGGAUUUCAAAAAGAAGUUCUUCGGCAUUUAAUAAAGGAUAUCCAUUACGACUUGAUUGAGAAUCUGCCAACACGGACUCGAAAAUCCCUAUCGGAUUUAGGCAUUAGCAGGAGUAUACCCAAAUCUAUUUUGUUGAAAGCUAUGAAUGAAGCUGGAGGGGACGCGGCUGUAUUUAUUUGGAAGUUAUACACGGCUAUCUAUAAUAAAACGCCCAGUGAACCACGCGGAGAAUACGAUAUGGACGCAAUGAUUCUAAUGUCAGCGCUGACCUUUAUUGAUUUAGAUGAAUGUAUAGAAAACUUAAAAGACUUAACGAAGCCAGUGAAGGAAACACCCGAGCCAGUGACGAAGAAAGCAGUGAAAAAGGACAGCAAGCAUACAGACAACCGGUACGGAAUGUACUUGGAGCGAAGUACUAUACCUGUGUAUUGCAGACACCCGUCUCCGCAACGAGGGCAGAGAGUCAAGAAGCCGCCUCCCCGCAUGGAGAAAAAGAUCACGAUUAGGAGUGACGAUAGUUAUGAACGAUUAAGAUUGGAUAAUACUUUCGUAAGUACAAAAAGUAGUUUUUCUAACUGUAGGCGGAAACAUAAAUUUAACUUGUGUUCACUGAGCGUAUCAUGUCUUCAAAAAGCAACAUGUAUAAUUCUUUUUUCUAAUUUCGUCGUCACUAGUUUUUUACCCAGCAACGGAUUACCUGUAGGAUUUUAUGUCCUAAAAAUGUAUAAAACUUUACAUCUGUUCCUACUUACCUAUCAGCUUGAGAGAAGACAGCAAAGAUGCGUAAAGGCGAAACAAGCGGAAAGAAUUUGCACUUACAAAUUUUGGGAGCCUCCCGUUUAUCUCCGCACCACUAAUCCGGGUAUGACGGAAUAUUAUGAGAAGUUAAAGCUACUGCAAAAGGCGGCUCAAGUUCAACAUAUGACUCCAUUAAAUAAUGUACAGUUUAACGUAGGAACUGUCGCUCUAAUAGGGGGAAAGCCACGUUACCUGUUAAACAAUAUUGCUUUAUUGCCAACUGGAUAUAUAGCUAUCAAUGGUGGAACAACUACAUUCUCCACUGGAGAAUAUUUAACAGUUAUAAUUGGACAUUGGAGAUACCCAGUGGAGAAAGAAGAAAAAUGCGACGUUACUUGUGACUGCAUAAAAUGGGAAUCGGCAGUGAUAAAACAUUUAGAAGAAUCCAAAUGCAAGUGUGGUCACCUUUACGACUUCUACCUUGAAGGGAAAUCUAAGGAAAAAUACUUCUACCAGCCAACGAAACAAUGGCCGCUGUGGUUCGACGAAGCUAAAAUAUUCCAAAUGGAUCCAAUGGAGGAUUUCAUAAAGGAUACUGUUAGAAUAGCAGAAAGGUCUCAAGAGCCUACGCCGAUUCCGUCCCAUCCUGAAUUAUCGGCAGGUGGGGUAAAAACGAAGGCUUUACUACAGUCGUUCCUUGCUGAUUUAUCUGGAACUCCGCUCGUGAUACCGCACCUGCCGCAAGCGGAGCUCCUCAACAACCUGCAAGAACUUGUCAGGAAACGCUUCAACGGCGAUCUCUCACCGGAGGCUCACAAACUUUCAGUAGUUCGGUCGUUGCGGCGAUGGUUAUGGCUGAAGCACAUGGACUUCCGCGAGCGCGCGUAUAUGAUACCCUUUACGAAGCAUGAGCUUGAGAACAUUACUUGGGCGGACAGGCAAAAUCUCCAGUACCUAUUUGAGACCCUGUUGCGCGAUUUCACAGCGAGGAAUAGAUUGCGCCAACUGGAGCAGACACGCCUCUGGUGGUCCACGAUGAAGUUCGAUAGAUAUCCUAGCCAAGCUUUCUUGGAUCUCUACUUCACAUAUAUGCCAGGCAGAUCAAAGGAUACUUAUAUUUUCAACCCAUUUAAUGCUGAGCUCACUCCGAAUGAUAUCUACAAAACUUGCCCGCUUUCGUAGUUAGUCAUUUAUUUUGGGUCAAUUUUUACAGUUGUUGUUGUGUUGUGUAUUGUGGGAAUAAUGUGAUAAUGUCACGUUAGGGGCCUUACCUACAUUGUAAUUUUGUAUAGUUUCAUUUUCGUAGAAUUAUUACAAGCGUUUAAGAAUAAAUUGUAUUUACAAACUGUAAAAUGAACUUGUACAUUCUCAAAUUCAUGGUUCUUCAUUUGUAAUAUCUACUUUUCAAACUACUAAUUAAUUAUUUUUCGGUAUGUAACUUUUUAUGUUCUAUAUGAUGUGUUUUGAUUACGUACGUUCGGUAUUGUAAGCGCAAGGCAAGCGCUAUAAAUAAUUACCUACUACAUAAUGCUGUAAAUGUUAAAAAAAUUAGUGGACCAACAUUGUUUUAACUGGUCUGUGUUAAUUUAAGUUAAAAAUGUAAUGUGUAAUAAAAAAAUGGUAAUAUAUUUUUCACGAUAAAA